AGAAAAAGGUUUCUUUCCAGGUAUCUACUCUGCUCCCGCUUCCCGGAAUCCUAACUCAGACCUCCACUGCCGUUUUAACCUCCAUCCGAUCACACAAAUGGCGCCAAAGAAGAAGCAGCCGCAGUCCAAGAAGUCCACCAGUAAACCCCAAUCCUCCUCCUCUGGCCAGAAAACGCCCCAGCCCAACACCACCGCCAAACCCCAAACGACGUCGUCCGGCCCCCGCCUCCAGAUUUCCGCCGAGAACGAGAACCGCCUCCGCCGCCUCCUCAUCAACUCUGGUCGCUCCCCCGCCGUCCCCGUCGACGAGUCCCUCUCCAAGGCUCAGAAGGCCAAGAGGCUCAGGGCCGUCUACGAGCAGCUCUCCUGCGAGGGAUUCACCAAUGAUCAGAUUGAGCUCGCUCUCUCCGCUGUCAAGGAGGGGGCCACAUAUGAGGCUGCUCUGGACUGGCUGUGCUUAAAUAUGCCUGGAAAUGAGCUUCCAUUGAAGUUUUCCAGUGGAGUUUCGAUGGCUGCAAAUGAAGGUGGCUCUGUUGGUGUUGUACUGACUUCUCGCGACGACUGGACUCCCUCGGUGGAUAUGUCUGCUAGGAUUGACGAGGAUAUGCCGGGGAUUGCUAUUAGGACCAAGGGGCAGUGGGAGGAUAAGACUCUUGAUUUGUGUCAGCCGUCUCAGGCGGAUUGGAUCAAACGGUAUGUGGAGCAGCAGGAGGAGGAUGAUUUGAGUACGUGGGAGGAUGAUGUUGAUGAUGAGGGUUCGGGUGCGAAGGUCAGGAAACCGAGGUCUUAUGAUGUUAUAGCCGAGGAGUAUCGUGCUGCGCGAUUGGAGGCUGCGGAAGCCAAGCAGAACAAGGACAAGAAAAGCCAGGAAAGGGCGGGCAAAAUGAUACGUGAUCUCAAGCAGGAGUUGUCUGCUCUAGGCUUAUCGGAUGAUGUAUUGGCAUCAGAAUUUGAGCAGGAACAGUCAAUAGAACGAGCUUAUUCUGCUUUUCAGGAAACAGAAGCUAGUUCAGAGCCUUACAAGCAGAGUGAAGGACUCCAUUCUGAUGAGUUAAAAUCAGGUGGAAAUGAUAUAGUACAGUGCAGCUCCGUUGAGCUCCCAACCAAUUCUACUCCUUCAGAUUUACCUGUUCAGGAAAAAGUUGUUGCAGAAGAAGACACAACUGAUAUGGAGAUUGGUAACUUUUUCUCGGAAGAUGCACCGUCGAACGAAAUCGUAACUUCUACUAUUUUGGAAUUACAGAAGAAAGAAAAGUUGAAAGAGAUGCUCAAUGAGAAAAAUUUGGAGAAAUUAGAUGGUAUUUGGAAGAAGGGGGACUCUCAAAAGAUUCCCAAGGCUGUAUUUCAUCAAUUGUGUCAAAAGUCAGGAUGGGAAGCCCCAAAGUUUAAUAAAGUGUGGGGCAAGGAUAAUAGUUUCACUUAUACUAUCAGUGUUUUGCGUAAAGCUAGUGGAAGGGGUAAGAGCAGAAAGGCUGGGGGCUUGGUCACUCUUCAGCUUCCUGAUCACGAUGUAACUUUUGAUUCAGCUGAGGAUGCACAGAAUAGAGUUGCAGCAUAUGCUCUUUGUCAACUGUUCUCUGAUCUCCCAAUCCAUCUUGUUAUUACCGAGCCUUAUGCUUCUCUUGUCAUUCAUUGGAAGGAAGGGGAAACUAUGACCAAUGUUGAUGAUAGUGUUAAGGACCGAAGAGCUAAUUUCGUGGAUUCGCUAUUGAAAACUGAUGGUUCUACAUCAACUUCUGCUGCUAAUGUUGCGUAUGAUUCUGAUUUUCUUCCUGAAGUGGUUCCACAACUCCAGGUUCAAGAACCUAGAAAAUCAGGACUAAAUCUUCGCAAAGAUGCAGAGAACUCUUAUCUGAGAAAAGAACUGGAGAAUAAACAGAAAAAACAGAAAUACAAGGAAAUGCUGAAAGCUAGAGCUGCACUGCCCAUUUCUGGUUUGAAAGAUGAUAUAUUGCAACUGCUGCAGGACAAUAAUGUUUUAGUAGUUUGUGGUGAAACGGGAUCUGGAAAAACAACUCAGGUUCCACAGUUUAUAUUGGAUGACAUGAUCCAGUCAGGAUGUGGUGGACAUUGUAACAUUAUAUGCACACAACCAAGGAGAAUAGCUGCUAUUUCUGUGGCUGACAGAGUUGCUGAUGAACGUUGUGAACCCUCACCUGGUUCAAAUGGUUCUUUGGUUGGUUAUCAAGUGCGCCUUGAUAAUGCAAGUAAUGAAAAGACUAAGCUUCUGUUUUGCACGACAGGUAUUCUUCUGAGAAAAUUCGUGGGAGACAGAGACUUGACUGGAAUUACUCAUGUCAUAGUUGAUGAAGUACAUGAGCGUUCUCUUUUGGGUGAUUUCCUGCUCAUAGUUUUGAAGAAUCUGAUCGAAAAGCAAUCAGCUCUUAUUACACCAAAACUGAAAGUUAUUCUAAUGUCAGCAACUGUUGAUUCCAAUUUGUUUUCAAAUUACUUUGGUGGUUGUCCUGUGAUUACUGCAGAAGGUAGAACACAUCCAGUGACAACUUAUUUUCUUGAGGAUAUUUAUGAGCGCAUUGAUUAUCGGCUUGCAUCAGAUUCUCUGGCUUCCAUGGUCUAUGGAACUUCAACGGAAGGGAAGACCGGUCCUGUAAACAACAGCAGAGGAAAGAAGAAUCUUGUUUUAUCUGGCUGGGGUGAUGAUUCUGUACUCUCUGAAGAAUAUAUUAAUCCAAAUUAUUUUCAUGAUAUGUAUCAAUCUUACAGUGAGCAAACUCGACAAAAUUUGAAAAGAUUGAAUGAAGAUGUCAUUGAUUAUGAUCUUCUUGAAGACUUGGUGUGCCAUGUUGAUGAAACUUGCGCUGAAGGUGCUAUUCUUGUCUUCUUGCCUGGAGUGUCUGAAAUAUACACCUUAGUUGAUAAAUUAGCUGCUUCUUACCGGUUUAGUGGAGCAGCUUCUGAUUGGAUCCUCCCACUACAUUCAUCUGUUGCAUCAGUUGAUCAAAAGAAGGUAUUUUUGCAGGCUCCUGAUAAUAUACGAAAGAUUAUUGUAGCCACUAAUAUUGCUGAGACCAGCAUAACAAUAGAUGAUGUGGUAUAUGUUAUUGACUGUGGAAAGCACAAGGAGAAUCGUUAUAAUCCUCAAAAGAAAUUGUCGAGUAUGGUUGAGGAUUGGAUAUCUAAAGCAAAUGCAAGGCAACGUCAAGGAAGAGCUGGACGUGUGAAACCUGGAAUUUGCUUUUGCAUGUAUACUGGUUAUCGAUUUGAAAAGCUCAUGCGCCCCUUUCAGGUUCCAGAGAUGCUUCGGAUGCCAUUAGUGGAGCUGUGUUUACAAAUUAAACUACUUUCUUUGGGCCACAUAAAGCCAUUUUUGUCCCAGGCUUUAGAACCCCCAAGGGAAGAGGCUAUGUCUUCCGCAAUUAAGAUAUUGUAUGAGGUUGGUGCUCUUGAAACAAAUGAAGAGUUGACGCCUCUUGGGCAUCAUUUGGCGAAACUUCCUGUUGACGUAUUGAUUGGGAAAAUGAUGAUAUAUGGUGGAAUAUUUGGUUGCCUAUCACCGAUUUUAUCAAUUUCAGCAUUCUUAAGUUACAAAUCUCCAUUUGUCCAUCCAAAAGAUGAGAAGGAAAGUGCGAAAAGAGCAAAAUUGGCACUGUUGACUGACAAGCUAGAUGGUCCAAGUGAAUCAAACGAUGUUGACAAGCAAUCCGAUCAUCUCAUAAUGAUAACUGCAUACAGAAAGUGGGAAAAGAUUCUACGUGACAGAGGGGUUAGAGCUGCUCAACAGUUUUGCAAUUCAUAUUUUUUGAGCAGUUCAGUGAUGUACAUGAUAAGAGACAUGAGAAUACAGUUUGGAACACUGCUUGCUGAUAUUGGACUCAUUGAUCUUCCAAAGAAAUAUCAGGUUGAUGGAAGAAGGAAAGAGAAUCUUGAUGCUUGGUUUUUGGAUCCAUCGCAACCCUUCAAUAUGUAUUCAAACCAUUCACCAAUUGUCAAAGCUAUCAUAUGUGCAGGUUUAUACCCCAAUGUUGCAGCCACUGAGAAAGGAAUUGCUGGAACAGUUCUCAAUAACCUUAAACAGGCUCCUGGUCACGCAACUAGCCAUUGUCCAACCUGGUAUGAUGGAAGAAGAAAAGUCAAUAUACACCCUUCGUCUAUCAACCAUAAUGUAAAUGAAUUUCGGUAUCCUUUCCUUGUCUUCCUUGAAAAGGUUGAAACCAAUAAAGUGUUCUUGCGGGACUCUACGAUCAUUUCUCCCAACUCUAUUUUGCUGUUUGGUGGCUCCAUUAACAUCCAGCAUCAGACCGGACUUGUUAUUGUUGAUGGAUGGUUAAAACUGACAGCCCCAGCACAAACUGCUGUCCUGUUCAAGGAACUCCGUUUAACUCUUCAUUCUGUUCUAAAGGAAUUGAUAAGAAAACCAGAGAACUGCACCGUUGGUCAUAAUGAGGUUUUAAGGUCUAUUAUCCAUUUGUUGUUGGAAGAAGACAAGCCUCCUCAAUAAUCUAUCAACCUCGAGAUUCUCAUGGGGGGCUCAGCCAAACUUAUGUCUGUUGGUGAUUUCCAACGACUGAAAUGAAGCUAACUCUGGUGAAAACUUCAUACUACAUACUUGAAAACUGUUCUCGUCUCUUUACUGCUGUACUGCCUUUCUUGAUUCAUGUUGCAAUUGGUAAAAUUUCUGUACAAUGACUUCAUUUCAAGGGAAGAAACACCAAGGGUAAAAUAUAGGGUAAUCUUCACUUUCACGUCUGGUUCACACGGUGCUUAUCUGUCAUAUGGAUCGGAUACUGUAUUCCCCAAGGCAUUUGGGCGUUAUAGGCUUUUCUCUUCUGACCUGAGCUAUACGGGAUUUAUUGUUGUGAUGUUUGUGGCAAUAGUAGCAACUCUGACCUCAAUUAGGGGGAAAGCAAAGGCAUCUAUAUUUUGAGAUAUACAAGAAGACUCCAUUGCAUUUUGUAUCAAACUUAUACGAAAAGAGAUGGAUUCCGUAGAUCAGGAUUCCGGAAAUUAUGAUCAUAAUACAUGUGAGAAUCAAUAUAUUGAUUAUGAAAGACUUAAUAAUGAGAAUUCAAAUUCUUAUGAUAUGUAUAACAAUUAGAUUGAUAUGU